UGCCGCCUCCAUCCGGUUCAGUUACCGAAGUUUCGGGCUGUUUGACGGUUCGGCGAGUGCACGACACCUUUUCGUAUUUUAAGUGUUUUAAUAGAUUUGCCAAAAUUAAGGUCCUACAGUUUUGGCAGCACUCCAACUCCAACUCGAGCGAUAAUGACAUGAUGAACGAAAACAGGGAAGUUCUGCAGACGAUCACGUCUUGUAAUAACGUCGUUACUAAAAAAAAAGAGAAAACCAGCGAUAUGUCGAUGCUGAGCAGAGAAGAGCGCAGGAGGCGCAGAAGGGCGACUCAGAAGUAUCGAACCGCCCACGCUACAAGAGAGAGGAUCCGCGUGGAGGCCUUCAAUGUGGCAUUCGCCGAGCUCAGAAAACUCCUGCCCACCCUGCCUCCUGAUAAGAAACUUUCCAAAAUCGAAAUUUUAAGGCUGGCCAUUUGUUACAUUGCUUAUUUGAAUCACGUAUUGAAAUCUUAAAGAGUGUUCCUCUAGGUGCCCCUAUCUAUAUCUAGUCAUCGUCUAGUCACGGCUUUGUGUAUAUUAUUGUAAUCUUUGUAAAUAAAUUUUUGUUUUUAA